AUGUUUCUUCUUUCUUCCUAUCUUGUCCUUUUUCUCUUUCCUUAUCUUGUUAUCUCUCACUCUCUCCUUAUCUUGUUAUCUCUCACUCUCUCCUUAUCUUGUUAUCUUUCACGCUCUCCCAAUCUUGUCAUCUCUCUCUCCCUAUCUUGUCGUCUCUAUCUCUCUCUCUCUCUCCCUAUCUUGUCGUCCCUAUAUCUCUCUCUCUCUCCCUAUCUUGUCGUCUCUAUAUCUCUCUCUCUCUCCCUAUCUUGUCGUCUCUAUAUCUCUCUCUCUCCCUAUCUUGUCGUCUCUAUCUCUCUCUCUCUCUCCCUAUCUUGUCGUCUCUAUCUCUCUCUCUCUCUCUCCCUAUCUUGUCGUCUCUAUCUCUCUCUCUCUCCCUAUCUUGUCGUCUCUAUCUCUCUCUCUCUCCCUCCCUAUCUUGUCGUCUCUAUCUCUCUCUCCCCCCUAUCUUGUCGCCUCUAUCUCUCUCUCUCCCCCAUCUUGUCGUCUCUCUCUCUCUCUCUCCCUAUCUUGUCGUCUCUAUCUCUCUCUCUCUCCCUAUCUUGUCGUCUCUAUCUCUCUCUCUCCCUAUUUUGUUGUCUCUAUCUCUCUCUCUCUCAUUCCCUAUCUUUCAUCUCUCUCUCUCAUUCCCUAUCUUUCAUCUCUCUCUCUCAUUCCCUAUCUUUCAUCUCUCUCUCUCAUUCCCUAUCUUUCAUCUCUCUCUCCCUUUCAUCUCUCUCUCCCCUAUCUUUCAUCUCUCUCUCCUUCUUUCAUCAUCUUUCUUCCCUAUCUUUCACUCUCUUUCCCUAUCUUUCAUCACUCUCUCUCUCUUUCCCUAUCUUUCAUCACUCACUCUCUUUCCCUAUCUUUCAUCUCUCUCUCUCUCUCUUUCCCUUUCGUGUCCCUCUCUCUUUCACUAUCUUUUGUCUCUCUCUCUCUCUAUCUUUUGUCUCUCUCUCUUUCUCUCUCUCUCCCUAUCUCUUGUAUCGCACUCUCCUUCCCUAUCUUUCGCCUCUCUCUCUUUUUCCCUAUCUUUCGUCUCAUUCUUGCUAUCUUGUCUUUCAUUCAUUCUCUCUCUCUCUAAUUUGUCAUCUCUCACUCUCUCUCUCUCUUUCGUUGUCUCUCAUUCUCUCUCUCUCUCUCGUUGUCUCUCAUUCUCUCUCUCUCGUUGUCUCUCAUUCUCUCUCUCUCUCUUUGUCUCUCAUUCUCUCUCUCUCUUGUUGUCUCUCACUCUCUAAAUUGGAAAGGCCACCAGGUUGCUCUCCUCAGGGAAAGACCACCGGGUUGCUCUCCUCAGGGAAAGGCCACCGGGUUGCUCUCUUCAGGGAAAGACCACCGGGUUGCUCUCCUCAGGGAAAGACCACCGGGUUGCUCUCUUCAGGGAAAGACCACCGGAUUGCUCUCCUCAGGGAAAGACCACCGGGUUGCUCUCCUCAGGGAAAGACCACCGGGUUGCUCUCCUCAGGGAAAGACCACCGGGUUGCUCUCUUCAGGGAAAGACCACCGGGUUGCUCUCCUCAGGGAAAGACCACCGGGUUGCUCUCCUCAGGGAAAGACCACCGGGUUGCUCUCUUCAGGGAAAGACCACCGGCUCCCCCAUCCAACAUCUGUAGCACACCCCCACCUUUUGUACCUUAUGCUAUGUGUAUAUUACCAGAAGAUGUACGGCAGCAGCAGCAGCAGCUUUGGAUAUUGUAUUGUUCCAUCGAACACAUUAUAUCACCAAAUUCCUCUCAGAAUUCUUCAUCAUUUCACUGUCUCAUCCUUUUAACCCGGUAG